AAAGUUUGCGGAAGUGACCGGAGGAGCUGACGUCCUGAAAGUUGUGAGGUGAAUUAACCGGGAGGAGGAUAAACUCCCCGAGACACAACCGGCUUCCCCCUUUUGUUUCUGUUCCGCUCACAUAGAUGGACCUCGGCUCAGAGAACAUCCAGCGGAUCCUCUCCAGGUACAAAUUCCACGAUGUUGCUGUUGAGGAGCUGCAGAAAAUCCAUCGAAUCCACUCUGGGAUGAAACCGUCCACCGGCACAUACACAUUCAGUGACGGCACCCAGAAGGAUCUCCUGAAACUAGUCGGCAACAUCCCUGUCAAGUAUGACGGCCGCUCCUACAACUUCCCCAUCCAGCUGUGGCUCAUGGACUCCUUCCCCUUCACUCCUCCCAUAUGCCUCCUGAGGCCGACACACGACAUGGUCAUCAGAGAGGGCAAGCACGUCGACGCCAGGGGACGGAUCUAUCUGCCGGGGCUACACAACUGGGAUUAUCCCAAGUCGUCCGUGGUGGUUCUCAUGACUGAGAUGACGGCCAAGUUUGAGGAGGAUCCUCCGCUGUCCUCGAAGGCCACGGGAGACACCAAAGACCCCCACGAGCUGCUGGCAUUUGUCUCUAAUCUCCAGAUCAAUGAUGGUGGAAUCAGACACCACGAUCAACAGAUCAACAAAGUCUCAGUUGUUGGGGGCGGAGAUUUAGGAAUGGCUUCUGCGAUGAGCAUUUUGGCAAAGUGUGAAGUGGACAAACUGGUUUUCAUCGAUGUUGCGGAGAGUUCUACCAAGGGCGGCGGUACAGAUCUAGAGAUUUUCAGUCUGCCAAAGGUUGAGGUGUCGAGAGAUUUGUCGGCGUCUGCGGGCUCCAGAGUUGUCGUGGUGACCGCCAACGCGUGGAGCAGCGAGCAGUCGUACGUGAGCCUGGUGCAAACCAACGUGGACUUGUACAGAGGAAUCAUCCCAAAUGUGGCCAGGCUCAGCCCGAACGCCGUGAUGCUCAUCACCUCACAACCAGUGGACAUCAUGACCCAUGUGGCCUGGAGGCAGAGUGGCUUACCUCCCACCCGGGUGAUUGGCGCGGGGUGUAACCUGGACUCCCAGCGACUCGGUCACGCUCUGAAUAUUAACCUUAACAUCCACAAAGCAGCCUGGGUCAUCGGAGAACUGUCGGACAACAAAGUUGCCGUGAUGAGUAACACCGGGCUGGGCGCCAGCGCGCAGCCAGAGAUUGCCCCAGGAUCCAGCACUACCAAACCAUUGUUAGACAGAGCGUUGGAGAUCAUGAAGAAUCGAGGCCAGCGGUCGUGGUCCGUGGGCCUGUCCAUCGCUGACAUCACCAACAGUAUCCUGAAGAAUACGAUGAAGACCCACUCCAUCUCCACACUGGCUCAGGGCUGGAGUGGUAUCGGCGCAGAGGUGUUCCUCAGCCUGCCGUGCAUCUUGGGAUCGGCCGGUUCCACGCGUCUGGCCGGAGUGUCGCUGGGAAAGGAAGAAGACUCCAAACUUAGGGACAGUGUCACGUCACUUUCUAACCUCAUGGCUCAACUCAGGAUGUGACCGUACUCCCAUGUCUGUGGCUUUUUACUGAGUGUUCUGGGAGAAGCUGCUGUCUGCUGGCAGGGGCAAGUUCUCUACUCAUCAACACACCCUCAGCAUGAAAUCAGUUGAAUUCAGGCUCCGUUAGCGGCUUACUUUUUUUGAAGUCGUGGACAGAAGUUCUGUCUUAAUUAUGUGCAAUCUAUUGUCUUUUGACACUCUGUAUUGAAUGUGGGUAAAGAAAAAAAAUUUAAUUUUACCAGCGCUAUCAAAAGUUACUCAUUAUGUCUCAUACAACAUUUUGAACGUGACAUGAAGGUACUGUUAUAUAUAUAUAUAUAUUUUUAAAGGCCUUAAAAUUCAAUGCCUGUAGUUUUCAAAACCAUAUUUUUGUCAAUAACUGCUCGAGUUGUAUGUAAUAAUGUAAUUAUUAUCAAUUCUUUGGAGAAAAUCAGGGUGUAGGUAAAUAAAAGUAUGAAUCAUGUAUAUUAUAUUCAGGUCACUGAUAUUGUGUCACUGAUAAAGCACACGUUCUGCCUUAGUGCCUUUCUCACUUUUAAAUUACACUAUGAGAACAGCUUUUUAAAAAUGCCUCAAUGUUUAUAUAGACUUUUCUUACUUACGUUUACUUUGUGUAAAGAGAGAUUCUACAACUAGAACCUUAACAUAUGUACAGGGAGUAAAACAUGAUUUUGUGGGUAAUGCAAUAAAUAAAUAUCUGACACCA